AUGUCUUCGUGUUAUAGUGGUUUUGAAGAUCGUUCUUUUGAUUUUGCCGAAGAUGAUGAUAAUUCAUCUUUCGAUAGUGGUUAUGAAAAAAGUUUUGAAACCGCCGAAGGUCAUUUAAAACCCCGGAAACUGCAGUUUGAUAAUUGUGGAGACUAUUACAAUAAUGCCCCAGCGAAUGGUGAUGUGAAUGCACAUUUACCAAAGGUCUAUAACAAUUUAGCUUUGGAUCAUGCAUUGAUUCCAGGAUUAUUUGAUAACAGCAGUAAUCACAGCAGUCGCAGUGGAAGAACUCUUGUAGAACACAUCAUUAACAAAGCACCACCCGAGGAACUGGAGUUCUCACCGCAACUGGGAGAACAAACUUCGACGCCAAGUAAAAAAUCUUCGGGUGAGAGUUGUGAUGAUCAGCCAACUGAACCAAGGCAAAAACGUAAAUAUGCCGUCGGCAAAAAUCGCAUGACACGCUCACGUAGUCCCACUCAGGUGGUGCGCAUUAAGAAAUUUCGACGUGUAAAGGCCAAUGACAGGGAGCGUAAUCGUAUGCAUACGCUAAACGAUGCCCUAGAACGUUUACGUGUCACUUUGCCGCAAUUGCCGGAGGAAACGAAAUUGACAAAAAUCGAGAUUUUACGUUUUGCCCACAACUAUAUCUUUGCCUUGGAACAGGUGCUGGAGAGUGGUGGCAGUUUAAAUUUGGAUUUGGAAAAACUGCAAAAUUUCACUUUAAGUGGUGAGAGAAUAACCAAAGAACUAUUCGAUGCCAUAUUUGUUAAUCCCCAGCCGUAUCCUAUGAUGGGUGCAGGAGGCUAUAUGGGUUUUGGCAGAGUUCCUUAUCCUCCACAUAUGCCAUUUGCUAAUGCACAAGGAUUACAAGCAUCAACAGCCGCUGCUGGGAAUACAUAUCAAGCUAACUUUAAUAUGCAGCCAACUACAGCAGCCAACACACAUUCUCCCGCAAAUCCAGCUUUCAGCCAUCAAGAUUUCCUAAGCAGCAUGCAUCACUACAACAGUCAUCAUCACACACAGCCCGAACGCUUGAUGGAGACGAAUUUCUCACAAGAGAAAUACGAUUUGUUUAAGGGCACAUUUGAGGCAGCUGCUCAAAUGAAACCAACAUCCAGCAAUUCAUGUACGCCCACCGUCAAUGCCCAAACAACAGGCUAUGGCUCCAUGAAUGCGGGUUAUAAUACUGAAGUUGCUGCACAUAUCACCAGCAGCACUCAGCAUUUGGCCUCACAAACAACAGCUGCAGCAUCUUCAAAUAGAUCUCCAGCAGAGUUGCAAUAUCAUCAUCAGCAUCAUCACAAUAGCAGUUUUUAUACACAAACACCACCAUGGAAAGAUUUCAAUGAACAGGUGAUUAAUAUGGGAGCCACAAAAGGUUAUGCGCAAUAUGGAGCCGUAUAGCCGAAAUGUUUCAGGGUUUUUAUUGGUUUGCAAUAAGAUUUUUUAUUACAGCUUUUGAUUA